GCAUCUCCAGGUUGUGAUCCUUGAGUGCGCAGUGAAAGGAAUACUCCCCAUUGGACUGAUGUGGUGUGCCUCCAUAACAAAAGCCACACAGCUCAUGCGUUAUGGUGCCAGAGAGGCACGGCACACUGUAACCUAAACCAAGACGCAUUGAUGGGAACAGUCACGGCUGCAAAACAAAACAAAACAAAAAAGAAAAUAGGAUUAUUGUGGAGAACUUCAACAAACUUUCUGUUUUGAAUCUUUAAUUUCGCCCUCGCAGAUGGCAGAGCACUGGUUACUUUGAACAUGGAAAAUCUCCUCUCUGACCAGGGCUGCAAGCUGUGAGUUCAGUACUGAGAAGAUCUGUGACUGGCUGGGAAAUGGCAGAUAUUCUGGAACUGCGGACAGAUGGAAACUCACUCCUGAAGGCAGUGUGGCUCAGACGCUUGAGACUCACCAGGCUCUUGUUGGAAGGAGGUGCCUACAUCAACGAGAGCAAUGAACGUGGGGAGACACCUCUCAUGGUGGCCUGCAUGUCCACACACACUGACCAGCAGAGUGUAAGUAAGGCAAAGCUCGUAAAAUAUCUGCUGGACAACCAAGCGGACCCUAACAUACAGGACAAAGGAGGUAGGACAGCGUUAAUGCACGCCUGCAUUCACAAGGCUGGACACGAAGUGGUGGAUCACCUACUGAGCAAUGGUGCUGAUCCCAGCCUGGAAGACAGGAGCGGGGCCUCAGCGCUGGUCUACGCCAUAAACGCAGAUGACAAGGAGACACUUAAACUGCUCUUGGAUGCAUGCAAAGCUAAAGGCAAGGAGGUGAUCAUAAUCACCACAGACAAGUCACCAUCUGGCACUAAGACUACCAAACAGUAUCUAAAUGUCCCUCCAUCACCAGAGCUGGUUGAGAGAUCUUCCCCGGCGUACUGCACCUCUCCCUCUGAUAUUAACGUCACAGCAUCGCCCUCACCUGAGCAAGAGCAACAAAACACAGUCUUCAGUUUCCAGACAAAGCUAAAAACCUCCAGCUCAGCUUCGAAGCUUGCCAAUGGGCCCACAUCGCCGACGCGGCGGCCUGCAAACCCCAAACGUGCACGUUUGCCUCAACUGAAGCGGCUGCAAUCAGAGCCUUGGGGGUUGAUUGCACCCUCUGUUCUGGCUGCCGCUGCCGCCACCGCCGCCCAUGAUGAGAGUAAGAAAGCUAGUUCUGAUGAGGAUGUUGUUGCAGGGGUAAACGGACUCUCUCUGAGUAAGAGGUCGGCUUUAUCUCGACAGAACAGUGUAGACGGGAAGGACAGCUUAUUCCCACUAGUGGGAGAACAGCCCUGCAAAAUGACCACCUCAUUAUCAGUUCCUCCAACAUCUAAACCAUCAUAUGAGAGAACGCUAGGCCAACACCAGCCACUGGCACGGCGCAGCACGGUGCCUACAGAGCAGGAGAGCAGCAGCUGCAGCAGUGGACUAGCCAGUCUGAGAGACACAAUGCAUAGGAGACACCUGGGGAAUGAUCACUAUGACUCAGACUCACAGCUCUAUUCAGACUCUGCCAUGUUAGAUUCUCCUAAGGUCCCGGUGGAGCGCAGAAAACUAAACACCUCUCCACUUGUGAUGUUAACCAGCUCCAGAGAAUCUCUAGACAGCAAUGCCAGCACAUCCUCUCCCAGCACAGCACGCAGGCGUGCACCUGGCCUCCUGGAGAGAAGAGGCUCAGGCACACUUCUGCUGGAUCACAUCUCCCACACCAGGCCAGGCCACCUCCCCCCUCUUAACAUAAACCCAAACCCUCCCAUUCCCGAUAUCGGGGCUAGUAACAAGCCCUCCUCACCUCUGGCCACAGGUAUUAGAUCUAUAGCUCCAGUAGCACCAAACACACCAAAGAGAGGUGGCCUCAAGUUGAAGAAGAAACUUGUGAGAAGGCACUCUAUGCAAGUGGAACAGAUGAAACAGCUUUCUGAUUUUGAAGAGCAUUAG